AUGGCCAUACACAAAAAUGAAAUCUCUGAGAGAGAUAUGCAGAAUAUUCAUGAGUUGAGAAGUUUAGUCAAAGGCGAUCUGACGUCUUACUACGAUACCGAUUUCAAUCUUCUACGAUGGCUACAGGGUCAUUCCAGCUUGAGUAUUCCAGAGAUUGCAAGAAAGCUGACGCAUCAUCUCAAACUGCGCAAGUCUUAUUGGGAUCUGGAUAGUUACACUCAGGGAGAGCGUAAUCAUCCCAUUCACAAUCAUUGGCGUAGAGGAAUCACCGGCAAAUCUCAAAUUCUUGAGAAUGUGAUAGUGAAUGUUGAGCAGUGUGGAACAACUGAUUAUAGUGGCAUGAUGGAGAGCUUCUCAGUAUCAGAAAUAAUGAGAGCUCGUACAUACGACCUCGAAGAGAUGCUCGCAAGUUGUAUGCGAUUGGAAGAAGAAACAGGAAAGCAAGCAUGGAUUCUCUACGUGAUGGACAUAACAGGCUUAGAAUAUAAUAAAAAACUGUAUGACCUUGUGACUGGAUCAAUGAAAGCCUUGGCAGAUUUCAUGGCUGAGCACUACGUGGAGAUGAUCAAAUUUUUUGUUCCUGUUGCUAUGCCAACGUUUGCCACAGCAUUAUAUACAGUACUGCGACCUCUGCUACCAGAAAGGACAAAGCAUAAGGUUGUUAUGUUAUCGUCAGCUCAUUGGAAAGAGGAAAUUCUCCAAUACGCCCAAGCUGAUGCUUUGCCCAGCUUCUGGAACGAAGGGAAGCAUUCCUUCUCAGCUAAGCUCGAAUUGCCAUGCAAAUAUCCAAUCGAAAAGUACUAUGCCAAUCUCAAGUUGAAAGCUCCAGUUAAUGCCGAACAUCUGAACAUCUUGGCGGGGAAGUCGCAUGUUCAGACUUUUGAGCUGAAAAAGAAUGAUCGAAUCAGCUGGUGGAUCAUGGGCAACCGUAAUAUGGGUUUCGGCUUCUUCAAAGCUGAAAAAGAAAAUGAGAACGAUUUCGACAUAAUGAGUCAGAUAACCCCGUCUUUCCCCGGAAUGCCAGGACCACUGUUAGUCCCAUUAGAAGAGGAAGUCACAAUCAAAGAAGAUGGAACUUACAAGAUUUGGUUAGAUAACUCACGUUCGUGGUGGUUUACCUUAACAGUAACACAGCUAAUUGAGAUACACACAGUAGAUUCAUAA